AUGAUGCUGCGACUGGCAAAACUCACUGACGAUGCCGACUACGAUGCCGGCGAAACGUCUGGGAAUGUACCACGUCUACAGUCUGACUUUGGAAAUGAUAAUGCAUACAAUGGACUUUGGACAAGGUGCGUUCCUCUAAGUCUCCCUACCAAUAUGACCAAGUUGCGAAAACAAGGUCAAAUAACUUCUAUACAACGAUAG